CAUCGCCAACUGGGUGGUGGAUUUAUUUGCCAUCAUGGCCAUCCAGCUGCCGUUCCUCCUGCUCAAGUCCUUCCGCCAACGGUGCACAGCGGUACCGACCUCCCUGCAGGCCCUCCAGCCGCACUGUGCACGACUGGUCCUGGAGGGGUGGCAAGUGCGGGGUGACCUUUAUGAGGAAAUGCGCUCGCAAGGCCGGGCCUUCCCUUCCUUGCCAUUUAGAGAACAGCGCUUCUUCGAUCGAGCAUCGCCACGCGAUGCUGUGCGUGUGCAGUCGGUGUUGGAUGUGACACUGGUCGACAUUGCCCGCCUGGUCCUGGAGUGCCGCGACGGCUGGGAGCCGGUCCGGCGGCGCCUGAUGUGGUCAAGGACCGGGCGUUGCCGCCGGCCACUGCCGACGUUCUUGCCAAAGUGGCGGCUGUGCGCGCUCGCUGGUGCCAGACACUGCAGUACCCGCAGGAAUGGCAGCCCAUCCGCUACUUCCUCAACAUGUUCAGCGGGUUCCAUUCGGAUGGCAGUCCGCACGCGUGGGACCACGUCGACUUGAGAAGUGUGCAUCUCGGCGAACUAAGCAGACUUGCACUGUGG